AGAAGAAAUAUCUCACGCAUUUCCGGUUUCCUUCUGUUGGCACGCGGAGAUCUAAGCGUGAUAUUCCUUAGGUCGUUAAAUCCAUCACGAUGGUUCGUAAACUUAAGUUCCACGAGGAGAAGCUCCUGAAGAAGGUGGACUUCAUCAACUGGGAGGUGGACAACAACCUGCACGAGGUGAAGGUUCUGCGGAGGUUCCGCAUCGAGAACAGAGAGGAUUACACCAAGUACAACAAGCUGAGUCGAAACAUCAGAGAUCUGGCGCAGAAAAUCCGAGACUUGGAUGAGAAGGAUGGUUUCCGAGCACAGAGCAGCCACCGGCUGCUGGAGAAGCUGUACAGCAUCGGCCUCAUCCCCACCAGACAGAACCUGUCCCUGACGGAGAAGGUCACGGCCUCGUCCUUCUGCAGGAGGAGGCUGCCCUGCAUCAUGCUGAGCCUCCGGAUGGCCCAGAACCUGAAGACGGCCAUCACCUUCGUCCAACAGGGACACGUGCGCGUCGGUCCAGACAUCGUCACAGACCCUGCUUUCCUGGUUACAAGGAACAUGGAGGAUUUCGUCACAUGGGUGGACUCCUCAAAGAUCAAGCAGCACGUCAUGAACUACAACGAUGAGAGGGAUGACUUUGACAUGACGGCGUGAGUGUGGACGACAGGAGGAAGGACUCUGGCGGUGAUCCGCUCUGAUCCUGCAGGAGCCCAUGUGCCUUCUCUCAGCGGGGUCACUCGUGCUUUUGGUGUUUCCUGUGAGCCCGCAGGUUUAUUUCUGCAGAAGUGGUUGUUCCUCUGAUGUUUUUUAGGGAGGAUUCACAAAUUCACGGCCUCUGAUGCCGUCAGAUCACUGUUUGGGCUCAGAAUCGGCCUAGCUUCAGAGGCCGCUCCAUCGGACUUCAUGAAGGCGGUUUGGUCCCUGACUCCGCCCACCGGCCCGUUCUGGAGUUGCUGCUCGUUUCUGCAGCAGCUUCAGCCGAAAGGAUGCAGAGGUUUCAACAGCAGCAGGACCGUCCUCCUGACCGUUUAUCAAAACAUCCGGGACCGAGUGUCGGGUCCAUUCAGAUCUUCAGCUCCAGUUCUCCACAUCACAGCUAUUUUAUUCCAUAGAUUCAAUAUUUAUGUGAAGUCUGUUCUUUAAUUAUCAGCAGAUCGGCUGGUAUUCAGCCCACAAAGUACAGCUUUUCUGUUUUCUUUGAACGUUUUUUAAUGUUAUUCCAGAUUUAUGAGCAUUUGUGUUUAUUAAAGUAAAUCUGUGUGAUGAAACCAGAAUAAACACAAUGAAAUCCA